AUGGACUUAGAGUCUUCUGGAAUAGAGAGAAAGCUGCAAUUGCAAGAGUUAGAGGAGUUGAGGCUAGAGGCUUAUGAGAACUCUCAACUCUACAAGGAGAAAACAAAGUUUGUGCAUGACAGAGGACUUUUAAGAAAGCACUUUGAAGAGGGAGACAGAGUACUGCUGUAUAAGGCUCAUUUCACCUUCAAGCAAGGGAAAUUCAACACCCACUGGGAUGGCCCAUAUAUAGUCAUGAAGGUGCACAACUUUGGCAUAGUGGAGCUUUUAGAUGAAGAGAUUGGAACCAGGCUUAAAGCCAAUGGUCAUCUAUUGAAGCUCCAUAUAAGAAUCAAAAACCUCCUUAACUCUUAA